AUGAAGCCGGGGUGGGCACUAGAGAUGAGACCGGGCAUGACAAAGGCGCUGGACCACGCCCGCACGGUGUCCCCCUACCACAGCUUCAAGAAGGACGACUUCACCUCCGAGGAGGUCGACCUGGCCAACCGGUGCCACGGGCACCACCUGGAGGGCCUCAAUCUCGAGAUCACACCUGCCGGUAUGCACUACCUUCUCAUCCACUUCGACAUCCCCACGGACAUCGAGGAGGCCACCUACCGGCUAAAGCUCCACGGGCUGGUCGACCGCGAGCUCGACCUGUCCAUGGCCGACAUCCGGCGGAGGCCCCGCGUCAGCGUGCCAGUCACCAUGGAGUGCGCUGGCAAUGGCCGCAUCAACAUGAAGAAGCGAUAUUGGACGCACGUGCCGUGGAAGUACGGGGCCGUGGGCACGGCGGUGUGGACGGGCACGCCGCUGAAGGACCUCCUCGAGGAGGCCGGCCUGCAGGACAAGGCCAUCGAGCUCCUCUUCACCGGCCUCGAUCAGGGCGUGCAGGGCGGCGAGAUGCAGUACUACCAGCGCUCGCUCACCAUCGACGACGCCACCCGCAACGAGGUGAUCCUGGCGUACGAGAUGAACGGGCAGCCGCUGCUGCCGCAGCACGGGGCGCCACUGCGGCUCAUCGUGCCGGGCUGGUACGGCAUGACCAACGUCAAGUGGCUUGACUCCAUUGAGGCCAUCUCGACGCCCUUCGACGGCUACCAGAUGCAGGCCUACAUGUACACCCGAUACCCUGGUGACAAGGAAGGCGAGAGGAUGAGGCACCUCAAGGUGCGAUCGCUCAUGGUGCCUCCCGGCGUGCCUGACUUCUUCACUCGCGUUCGCCUCGUCGAAGAAGGCAACGUCAAGCUGAAGGGCCGUGCGUGGGCGGGACCGCUGGCGGUGAAGCAGGUGCUGGUGAGCGUGGACGGCGGCGUCACGUGGGCCGAGGCCACGCUGGCCGCCAAGGGCGUGGGCAAGUUCGCCUGGAUCGCGUGGAGCUUCGAGUGGCGCAACGCGCGCGCCGGCGCCAAGCACUUCCUCAUGACCAAGGCCAUCGACGAGCUGGGCAACGUGCAGGACAACGCCGAGGAGUGGAACUACUACGCCAUGGGCGCCACGGUGCCGCAGUCGGUGCCCGUCGUGGUGGUGAGCUCGGCCGAGUGGCGCAUCACCGGCAAGCCCCUGCCCAACCCGCCUCGCCACCCCAAGCUCUAA